UACAAUCUUAAGCAUCAAAAAGAUUUUCACUCGCUUUCCAAAAGCCUGUUGAGAUCUAUCCAUAGAAAAAAAAAAACAUGGGUUUCCGUCUGCCACGCAUUGUUAAUGCCAAGAGAAUUCUUCGGGCAUCACCUCCUCUGGCAACGGAAAUUGUUCCCAAGGGCUGCCUUGCAGUUUAUGUGGGAGAAAAUCAGAAGAGGUUUGUGAUGCCAAUAUCAUACUUGAACAACCCUUUAUUUCAGGAUCUACUAAGCUUAUCAGAAGAAGAGUUUGGGUAUGAUCAUCCUAACGGUGGUCUAAGAAUUCCCUGCAGUGAAGACAUUUUUGUUGAUCUUGCUUCUCGCUUGAGUGGCUCUUGAGAGAACUAGCAUAGAUUAGUGAAUACAAUUUUGUAAAGCAAACACCAUUAUUACCAUGAAUACAGUUAUUUUUUUUCCACCCCCUUUUUGCCGUGGAAGAGGGUACGCAAGUCUCCUAAGUGGGAAAUUAGAGGUGGAUUUUAUCAUGUAACUGCAACUUCUAUCAAAAUCUCAAUUCAAUUUCAUUAAGCUUUUCAUUUUUCAA